GACAAUGCGUUCAUAUAUCACAUUUAUUUGUUUAUUAUUAGGUUACAAUGUUACCGCCCAAGACUGCACAUGCGGUCUACUGCCAUCAAACCUUCCGCUGCCGCUCAAAAACCUUCUGUCCUUCGCCAGCCCUAUCCCCCUCCCGCUCCCACCAUGCGGCUGUCUCAAGUCUUGCGGCUGCCCAGAACUGUGCGGUCUCCUCCCCCCUAUUGUACCCCCUUGCGGCUUCAACCCCGCAGUAGGGUUACCAAACCCCGCCAUAGGGUUACCAAAUCCUAUAGUCCCCGUUACAACUUGCGGGUGUGGUAACGCUUUUGGAGCGUGUGCCUGCGGUGCGCAAGUUCUUGGGAAUCUCUGCGGACGUAAUACUCCUACGGUUGGGUUAGCUACUACUUGUGGUUGCAGUGACCCUAGUGUGAGGGUCGUCGACGGUUGCCCGCGAUGUCAGUCUGUGUAUAGUUAUAAUCUGCCGUCGAUCGGGUAUUCUACUGGAUCUACUGAGUUUGGAGGGGUUGUAGCACCUAGUUUCUUACCUCCUUGUGGUUGUUCUGGGAGUCUUGCUCCUUAUGGGGUUUGUGGUUGCGCGGCUCCGUCCUGUAACUGUGGUGGAUGCGGUUGCGGCUGUGGUGGAUGCGGUUGCGGCUGUGGUGGAUGCGGUUGCAGCUGUGGAUGUGGGUGUGGUGGAUGCGGUUGCGCGCCAGUAAACCCUUGCGGAUGCGUAGAAGUCCCUUGCGGGUUACCAAAAGUUAAAACUACCUGUACUUGCGUAACCCCGACAAUUGAAACCCCGUUCGGCUGCGCUCAAGGCAAGCCCACAUGUGCUUGUGCUACAACGCUAGAGGUGCCCACUUGUGGGGUCCCAGUGGUGCCACCUUUCCCACCAGUUAUUGGAUGUUCGAGAUACCUAAGGCAGGUGUGCGUGCAGCCUCCAUUUAUGUAGAUAAGUUAUA